AUGUCGUUUCUCACAAGAACCGCACCUCUCCUCCGCACAACAGUCAGAUCUUCUGUCGCCUACUCUUCACCGAGACUCUUCUCCGUCGCAGCCGUUCAUCAAAAAUCCGCAACAGAGACGGUCAAGGAUGGUCUGAAGAAGGUCGACCGCGCCGUAUCUGAUGUCGCCGUGGCUGGAAUCGACAAAGGAGUGGAAGUUAAGGAUGCAGUCGCCGGGGCUGCCGGUGUAGAGACUGGCAAGGCUAAGGGCACCGCUGAAGAGGUUGCUGGUGAAGCCAAAGGCAAGGCAGCAGAGCUAAAGGGUCAGGCCAAAGGAAAGGCCGAGGAGAUCAAGGGCAAGAUGUCCUGA